GAGGAAGAGGAUGAAGAUGGUGGAAGUGGAACCUGCUACUCUUGUGCUAUUAGGCAAACAAUGCAAAAAGUAUUUUUGGCCUCUGUGCUAUCUAGAGCAUCUAUCUCUGCAUAAUGAAACUGGAAUGGAUCCACCAGUCAUUAGAGAAAGGGCAGUGCCUGGGCAUGUUGCUGCGGAUAACUUUGCUCUUGUUUAUUCAUUUUGGUCAGUGUUAAUUCAAAAAUUGGCAAAAGUUGGAUAUGAAGGGAAGAACGUGUACAUGGCUUCCUAUGAUUGGAAACUUCCUUUCGAAAAUACUCGGGUCCAAUUAUUAUUUCAAGAGAAAGCCUUCAAUUAUAAUUUCUGGAGAGGUACAGAGAGAUUGAUGGACGCUAGCUAUCUAGUUAGACUUGUUGAAGACCUAAUACUGAAGGCAUCCUUACUCUUGAGGUUGGUGCAGUUUUCUUUCUUUUUUUUUUUUGAAUAG